CGCAGCGCAGACGGACUACAGAGCGGGGCCAUGGAGCCGUGCAUGCGGGGCUGGCCGCUGCGUAAUUUCAACUGUCCUCGGGAAGAAAGGAGCUUUCUGUCGCACAGUCCGGAGGAGUUGGUGAAGACAGCGUAGCCUACGAUAGCGUUUGAAGAGAGUUAACAUCUGGUUCGUGCACAGCAGGGAGACUAUUCAUCCCAAAAUGAUCGGGACGUUGUGUGUUCUCCAACUAUGAACAAGCCGCAACAGGAUCCGAGAAAUACAGUCCUCUGACAGGGUGUGCCAGGAGCAGCAGCUCUGGACUGACCGCUGCCAUGACGACCCAGAAGGCCCGAGGUGUUGCUCCAGCUUCCCCUCCCCUCCCGCGGAGGUCUCGCUUCGCCUUACGAGGCCGAAAGAAGAAGGACGGGGUAAUCCAAGGCAAGCUUCGCAUGCGCUCCAUCCCCGGAGCCUUCCUGGUCCUGGGGGUCCUGGUGGUGGUUGUUGGCACGGCUCUGGCCGUGGCAGGGUACUGGCCCUACCGGAUAUCCAGGUCCUCCAUCCUGGGAGCUGCAGAGGGGGAGAGUAUCUCCGAGUCGCAGACUUCUGGCUGGACUCUGGGGGCCAAGGGCCUCCUUUCCUCAGCCAGCCUGGUCCACAGUGAGCGGAUGAAGCUGCUAGGACCGGUCAUCAUGGGGGUGGGCCUCUUCAUCCUCAUAUGCGCCAACACAGUCCUGUACGAGAACCGGGACAGAGAGACUCAAAUGCUGCUGGCCCAGAUGCGCAGCGUCCUCUGCUCCGUGUCGGCGGCUGUUCCCUCCGCCGACUUUAAAGAGAUGGCGGCAGCCAACUACAUGGCCAACCACUACCAGUGGGUCAACACUUUACCAGCUGCCCAUCUCAACAUCCUGUGUGUGCAGCAGCUGGCCAGCUCGGAGCCUCUGCUCCGGACCACGCAGCCCAGAGAACAAGAGGACAGGGCGGAGGACAGUGUCUACCAGCAGGCUGUCCUCCAGACAGAAGCCCUCCACCACCAGGAGUCAGAGCCCCCGCCUUCCCUCCACUCCUCCCGCUCCAACUCAUGUAACUCCAGUCAGACAGAAUGCGACACAAAGUGUGGUGCCGAGCACGGGGGUCAGCAGCCCGCCAACAGCUGCCUGCUGUCGGCCAGCUCUAUGUCCACCCUGGACCAGGGGGACGUCCCAGAGGUCCAGCCGAGGCGCUGCCACAGUCUGAGCCACAGGACUAAGCCUUAUAUAGCUUGGACUGAUGGACUCCACACACGCCGAGAGGAGGGGGACAUAAAUCGGCUGGCAGUCACACGGAGAGAAGCUGCUUCACAGGUUUAUGUCGACACGCCUUGGCAGGCCGCGGAUGCUGCAGAGGAGCAAACGCGGCGGAGCUGGCCUCGGCUGGACCUGGGCAGCGGGAGACGAUACCUGAAACUAGAGAACAAAGAGGACUCGGUGGACAGACUGCUGGACCAGUUAGAGCAGCAGUGCUAUCAGUGGGAUAAGAGUUUUGGCUCUGGGCCCUUCCAGUGAUUGCCUGCUUUUCACAGUCCCGAGGGAUACAAACACCAUGACAACGAAGGAUCGUAACGAUAUUUCCCCCUGGAUUCUAAAACUGCACUGCAUUUGUGUUUUUCCUGCGUGGGGCAGAGCGAAAAACCAAGACCUGGAGCAUUUGGAGUACAGUAUUUCUCACAAAGAUCUUCCAAAACUCAAUUCUCAAUCUUCAGUGGAAUAUCGAUACACAGACGGUCCUUGCUCGUCUUCCGGUUGGUUUUGGCAGAUGUUUUUAUAUAAAUGAAGGAACAAUAUGCUAGACCCUACACUGUCACGGAUGAGCAAAGCAAUUUGACGGACCCUUUAAUUCCACAGCUUGGGUUGGCAGCAGUGCGAGAAAUCAACUAGUAUCUCAAUGCCAAAAUAUCUUUGCCUGUUUCCAGGACACCGUGUGCACAGCCUAGUGAAGGACAGAUAGAAGAGGGAUUGUUUUCACUGUGCAAUCAAUCCUGAGCCAAACUACCUGGACCCCCGAGUCCAUAAAGUGCUGACAGCUCUCCACUAAUGCAACUACUAUAUAGUAAUGGGAUGUCUUUCCUCAGCUGAGGUCACAUACACCAAAUGCAAUGCAUGGCACUGAUGUACAGUAUGUGACAUCUUAAUACUUAUGCAGAGUUAUGUCAUUGUGGUUUUAUGUGUAUAAUAAUGAUAGUUAAAGGAUAAUUCGGGUUAAUUACUACUUGGGUCUUAUUUUGUUGGUUUGGCCAUUAUUUCUGCACACAUCAGUCAGACCAUCCAAUCGAGGGUCGCCGAUAGGCCAUCUGAUCUUCAGUCUGACAGGCUUCAACACCAAAUUGGACAUAAGAUAAUAUGGAUAUACAGAGCGUCUUUCUCUUUCAUCAAUGAAGCUACGCGGGCUCUGCUGUCCUGCCUCCCGAUUGGCUGACGUGCUGACACGCUUCUGUGUUGAUGGCAUCUCGCUUCGGCAGCUCGACGCAGUUAUUUCUUUUAAAUUCUCUCACAUAUCUCAUUCACUCAAGCACUCAUGGUGAUCACCUUUUAGCCAAUUCCCCAGUUGUUCCCCAGCUCUGUUAGCUACUUUAGUUUAGCAGUUAGGCCUCUCGCUCUCGCUCUCCGUCUCUCUGUUGAUCAGCGGGUUAAAUGUUUAGCUAUUCCUCUGCCCCCUAAUGCGAUAAUUGUUGUAAUAACUGUAGUUUAUUUGUCGUGUUGGAGGCGAAGCUCCGCACCAGGGAAACUCAAUCGGUAACGAUGACAUUACUGCAACCAAAGACAUUCUGGGUAAUGAUGAUUGUUUUGUGUGUCCUAGCCACUGUGUUUGCACUUAGGGCCCUCGGUUACACAGGCACACACAGCUGUGUGUGAGCAGCCCCAGCACACACUUUAGUGCACAACAGCACUUUUACAGCUGUUUAUAUGAUGUCAACCACAGUUAAGUUCUGUUUUUCUCUGUGUACAACCAUCAAACUUUAUCUUUAAAGUCUGUGUUUCCAGACCUCAGCAAGUCACUUGAAUAUCACAAUGUUGUUAUUGAUCAUAAGAAGGAUGGCCAAAACUGUGAAAAUAAGACCCAAGUUGUAAAAAAAGAUUGAUCCUCAAUAAUGAAGGCGAUUCUCUUUGUUGUCCUUCUGGUUGACACACUAUUAGCUGUAAUGGAAGCAGGGGACCCCCCCCCCCCCAUACACACACACACACACACACACACACACACACAUACACACACACAUUGAACGGAGGGAUCAGAUGGAUUGUGCAGCGUGCAGCUCCAGUUCGAUUGUGAGUUGACCGGUGUUGCUGCAUACAGCUGGGUGUGUGUCAUAGAGGGACGAGAAUAUGAAUCACAGUCUCCUGGGGCCCCUGCUUCCUUGUCCUCCCCCCCCCCUCUCCGUUAACACGGCGUGCAGAUGUGCAGAGGCGACCCCUCCCUGUUCCUCUGGUUCUCUCUGUGUCUGUGCUGCCUGUUCUGUAUGCCAUGUGUGACACUUUGUGUUCUAAAUGUAUAACGAGCAAUAUGAGUGGUCUGCCAGAACAAUCGCUGGCUGUGUCUUGCCCUGUGUCCACCACAGAAAUUAAACUACAUUGCCAUGCCUGUGUUGCAUAGUAUAAGGCAAAGCAAGAGCAGCUCCUGUUUGCUGUCGUCUCAUUUAUUCAGGCUGUCAAGGUAACGGCACCUUGGUUGUAUAUGUAUGCAGCAUAUAAUCAUCUCUCCAGGCCA